AUGGGAAACUUUGUCAGUAAAUCGUAUCUUGAGCUGCGCGGCCUCACCUUCCCGAGGUGGGUUCGCAGAGCAGGACCCGAGCCUGCACGCUGCCCUGUCUGUAGGAAGGUCAGGCCGGUUCCCAGGCCAGCGCCACCACCAGCCCGUCCACCUAGGGCCCCCAAGAGGAGGUGCCCUCUGCCGGAGGCCUCGGACACCACCCGGGGGCAGGGCCCUUCAGCGUCUCCAGAGCGAUCGCCAAAAAGACCUGCGCCUCUGCUGCCAACUGGAGACUCGGGGUUGGAAACCCCCAGAAGCCCAAGCACCCCUUCGGGUCAGCUCGAGUCCACACCUCGAAUUGCAACACCCAGGCCGCGCAAUCAUCUUGUGGUGCCCAAGAUGCCGUGGGACGUCCCUCUUCCUGAUUCAAGCAGCGCAGAGUUUGAAGGCCAAGAGGUUACCCAAUCUCAUGGCUGUGACAUUCCUAACUCGCAAAGCUCCACCGCAGACAAGCUGGGUGAAAACGAACCCCCGAAUGGCUCACGCUCCCAGGAGUCAGGUAAGGUGGUGGAGGGCAAAAAGCCAACCACAAGUCCACCACCAGACUCCCAGGAGUCAGCGAAGGGGGUAGUGGGUAAAAAGCUCAAAGCUUAUCCAACACAAGACUCCCAAGCGUCAGCGAAGAUGGUGGACAGUGAAAAGCCCAGAGCUCAUCUACCAGACUCUCAGGAGUCAGCGAAGGGGGCAGUGGAUGUAAAGCCCAAAGCUCGUCCACCACAGGACUCCCUGGAGUCAGUGAAGGGGGUGGCAGUUGAAACACCCACAGCUAGACCACCAGCAAGCCCUACUACCCCAAAUCUGGCAGCUCGCAGAGCAUCCAAAAGGAAAGCAGCAUUGCCAUCAGCUCUUCCUUUGCCAGAGAUUGUGCCAGUACCAAUACAGUGGGGUGGCAGUGAGCUUCCCCCACCUCCUAAACUUCCAUGCAUGGACAUGGAGAAAGACGUGGACAUUUGUAACACCACUCAGUCUAUUCACAGUAAAAUCUGUAAUACAAAAUGCUCAGGGAGGAGAACAGAAGUGACAGAUGGCAGUGACAUCAACACUGCCUCUUCUGUUCCUCCAUCUGAUUCAGAGACUUAUGUCUUCGUGACCCUGCCUACCUGCACUUUAAACAUCCCAGCUCUUCUCAACACCACUAAUGUGGAAGAGCAGGCUGCUGGGGCCAACAUUGUGCCAGCACCCUCAUCAAACUCUAACGAGGGUCUAGCACCUAAAAUCCUCAUUUCCUCUUUGGCUCCUCCUGCAGACUCUCCUCCUUUUGGUACCCCAGCUUCUCAACUAGGGGUUCUAAAUGAUAAAAAUGGAAACCAUGCUCCUUUAAUGAGAGCUGCAACUCCUACCACUUCUCUCUCCUCCAAACUUUACCUUCCUGUUUAUUCCCUUCUCCCCUGCACAAAGGAAUCUAACACUGCUACUUCUCUUGAUUCCUGUCCUCUUCCCUUCUCCACCCUUCCUGUAGUCCCACUUCCCAUUAACACUACCACCACUGAUUUGGCUACAGCCGCCCCCAGUGUAUCCUGUCAUGUGAGCCUGCAGCCGGCCACAGAUGAAGAUAUUGUUCAGAUGGAUACCACACCUCCAUCUGCAGCCGUCAUUUACUCAUCUCCCCAAGUCUCCACCACUGACUCCUGUGCAUUGCUUCAGGCUCCCAAUAGCUUGCAACAGGGAAACUUUAUGAAUGGGCCAGUACCCAGCGGCCCACCUAUACCUCCCCCACAACCAGUACCUCAGGUUCCCUAUGGCCUGCAACCAGGACACUUGCCGAAUGGGCCAGUGCCCACCAGCCCACCAGUACCCCAGGCGCUCUGCAGUCCGCCUCAGGGCCAUGUCACCGUGGGCCCAGACCCCACUGCCCCUGCAACACCCUAUACCUAUCCAGUUCCCCAAAUCCCCUGCAGUCUGUACCAGGGGCAACUUGGGAUGGGGCUAGCCCCCACCAACCUACCUCCUACCAGGGGGUCCUGUUCUUCCCAAACCUUGGUCCCUCAAAAUGAUCACUAUUCCACCAAUUCCAUCACUGUUGUGCAACCACAGCACACAGUGUCACAUAGUGACUCUAUUUCCAGCAAGCAAUACCCCCACAAUCAGUUUAUACAGUCUCAGCACAUGCAGGGACCCAGCCCAAAUACUGGCCAUCCAUCUAGUGCUAGUGCCCUUCCACACCCCACACUUGGGGUUUUCAGUGGACUACCUGAUAACAAUUACUCUCUGAGCCAACCAGUACCCUUCCAAACACCAGUUAUUGACCUAACUGUGCCUACAAUGCAACCACCUAAUGACUCUGUCAAUGUGAUCCCUCUUGUGCAGCAGUUGCACAAUCCCUGUCUUCCGAUAUGUUAUGGACCUCGGGUUCUUCCCAGUAUGGAGCAAGCAAUUGUCCCUAUUCCUGAAAAUUGUUCUUCCACACCAACGAAACUAUUCAUGGACAAUGAUAUGAUGGAUACAACACCUCCUUCAGAGGCUUCAAUCUAUCCAUCUCCAACCGUCUUGACAAACAACCUCUCUGUAGUGAACCAGGACCAUUCUGCUCCUGCCCAUGUGCCACACAGUGGCAUUAUUUCCAGCAACCAAGACUCCCACAGUCAGUUUAUACAAUCCCAGAACAUGCCGGGGCCUAGCCCACACACUGGCCAUCCAUCUAGUGCUGGUGCCCUUCCACACCCCACCGUCGGGGUCUUCAAUGGACAACCUGACAGUUUGUCUCUGAGCCAACCAGUACCCUUACAAACACAUUAUUGA